AGCACCAAGUGCUAAGAGCCUCAGACACAUAUUGCAUCAGACAUAUUUUGCUUCAUUAAAUUAUUGUUUGUUUGGAUUUAUUUACUUGUCAUCCAAAUUAUCUUCCUUAAUAAACAUGAACAAUAUCAAAAGAUAGAAAGACAACAGUGUUAUGUAACAAGGUGUCCACGUGGUUGGAAGCCAAAUCAGCUGAAGAUGUAAAUCCAUUUCCUAUUGGUUCAAAAUCUAUCCACUAUUAGCUUAAGAUUUCUUCUUCAGAUUUCAUUGUCCUACUUGGCCUUCUAUGAAAUCCACUCACACACAUAAUAUAGUCUCAAACUUCUUCAACUGCAAAGUGAGCUUCAAAACCAACUUCUAUUAGUAUUUUCUCACUAUAUAUCUUUUCAGAGAAACUUCUUUAGUGUGUAUAGAGAAUAGUAAUGGCAGCUGCAACAUCUGGUGCUGUGUUGAAUGGUUUAGGAUCUUCCUUCUUAAGUGGUGGAAAGAGGAGCCAAACAUUGCUAGCUACUGCUAUUGGAAGUAAAGUUAGUGUUGCAGCUGCUAGUCCUAGAAGACUUAUUGUUGCUGCUGCUGCUUCUGCACCAAAGAAGUCAUGGAUACCUGGUGUUAGAUUUGGUGGAAAUCUUGUCGAUCCAGAAUGGCUCGAUGGAUCGCUACCAGGUGACUUUGGUUUUGAUCCACUAGGACUUGGCAAGGACCCAGCAUUUCUCAAAUGGUACAGAGAAGCUGAGCUCAUUCAUGGAAGGUGGGCAAUGGCUGCAGUUCUAGGUAUCUUUGUUGGUCAGGCAUGGAGUGGAGUUCCCUGGUUUGAGGCCGGUGCUGACCCGAAUGCAAUUGCUCCAUUCUCCUUUGGUACACUUCUAGGAACUCAAUUGCUUCUUAUGGGUUGGGUAGAGAGCAAGAGAUGGGUUGAUUUCUUCAACCCGGACUCACAGUCGGUUGAAUGGGCAACUCCAUGGUCAAAAACCGCCGAGAACUUUGCAAAUUUUACUGGAGAACAAGGUUAUCCAGGAGGGAAAUUCUUCGAUCCAUUGUCCCUUGCUGGCACCAUUGAAAAUGGUGUUUACAUUCCAGAUGCAGAGAAGCUAGAGAGAUUGAAAUUGGCCGAGAUUAAGCAUGCUAGGCUUGCUAUGUUGGCUAUGCUGAUUUUCUACUUUGAAGCUGGACAAGGGAAGACUCCACUUGGUGCUCUUGGUUUGUAAACAUAAACAAUUCAUGUAGAUAAUUGUACUGAGAUGCUAGACAGUUGCAAAUGAAGUUUUUUCAUAAGUGUGUUGUCCCAUAACAAAUUAAAUUCUAUGUUCUAAUAUUUGAUGCA